GGCUGACUGCCUACAGCUCCGAGCAGAGGCUGCCGGAAUGACGGACAAUAUCCCCCUACAACCCGUGCGACGCCAGAAAAGACACGACAAUAAACACAAGAAUGGGUGCUGUCCGUGGUCGCGGUGCUGUGGCAUGGGUGACUUCCGUCCCCGCACGGUGUGGCUCGGCCACCCAGAAAAGAGGGAGCAGAGGUACCCCAGGAAUGUCAUUAACAACCAGAAGUACAACUUCUUCACCUUCCUGCCUGGGGUGCUGUUCAAUCAGUUCAAGUACUUCUUCAACUUGUACUUUCUGCUCCUGGCCUGCUCUCAGUUUGUGAAUGAGCUGCGGUUAGGUGCCCUCUACACCUACUGGGUGCCUUUGGGCAUCGUGCUGAUUAUUACCAUGAUUAGAGAGGCAGUUGAAGAGAUUAGAUGUUACCUCCGGGACAAAGAAGUUAACUCGCAGAUUUAUAGCAAGCUUUCAACAAGAGGCACAGUGAAGGUUAAAAGCAGUGGAAUUCAAGUCGGCGACCUUAUAAUUGUGGAAAAGAACCAGCGUGUUCCUGCUGACAUGAUCUUUUUAAGGACCUCUGAAAGAAAUGGCUCCUGUUUCCUGCGGACUGACCAGCUGGAUGGAGAGACUGACUGGAAACUGCGCCUCCCAGUGGCCUGCACACAGAGGCUGCCCACAGCUGCUGACCUUCUCCAAAUCAGGUCAUAUGUGUACGCAGAGGAACCAAACAUUGACAUCCAUAACUUUAUUGGAACUUUCACCCGGGAAGAUGGAGACCCUCCAGUCAACGAAAGUCUGAGCAUUGAGAACACGCUGUGGGCCAGCACUGUCAUCGCCUCUGGCACUGUGGUGGGGGUUGUGAUUUACACAGGCAAGGAGCUGCGCAGUGUCAUGAACACCUCCAAUCCAAAGCACAAGGUGGGGUUGUUUGACCUGGAAGUGAACUGUUUGACCAAGAUCCUGUUUGGGGCGCUGGUGGUGGUGUCGCUGGUCAUGGUGGCCCUGCAGCACUUUGCCGGGCGUUGGUACCUGCAGAUCUUCCGCUUCCUGCUGCUCUUCUCUAACAUCGUGCCCAUCAGUUUGCGUGUUAAUCUCGACAUGGGGAAGAUGGUUUUCAGUUGGAUGAUCAGAAAAGACUCAAAGAUCCCCGGGACCGUGGUGAGGGCGAGCACCAUACCCGAGCAGCUUGGACGCAUCUCUUACCUGCUGACCGACAAAACAGGGACUCUCACACAAAAUGAAAUGGUGUUCAGGCGGCUCCAUCUUGGGACUGUGGCAUACGGGAUGGACUCGAUGGAUGAAGUACAAAGCCAUGUGUUCAGUGCCUACACACAGCCCACACACGACCUUCCAGCCUCCAGAGCUCCUGCAGCCACCAAGGUACGUAAGACCAUCAGCAGCAGAGUGCACGAGGCAGUAAAGGCCAUCGCCCUGGUGCACAACGUGACGCCGGUGUACGAGGCCAACGGUGUGACGGACCAGGCCGAGGCAGAGCAGCAUUAUGAAGACACCUGCAGAGUGUACCAGGCUGCCAGCCCAGAUGAGGUGUCGCUGGUGCAGUGGACUGAGAGUGUUGGACUGACGCUGGUGGGAAGGGACCAGUCCUCCAUGCAGCUGCGGACACCUAGUGGCCAAAUCCUGAACUUCACCAUCCUGCAGAUGUUCCCCUUCACCUAUGAGAGCAAGAGGAUGGGCAUCAUCGUUCGAGACGAAUCUACUGGAGAAAUCACGUUCUACAUGAAAGGCGCUGAUGUGGUGAUGGCCGGCAUUGUCCAGUAUAAUGACUGGCUGGAAGAAGAGUGUGGGAAUAUGGCGAGGGAAGGCCUGAGAGUCCUUGUGGUCUCCAAAAAAUCCCUGACAGAGGAGCAGUACCAGGACUUUGAGGCGCGGUACGUCCAGGCCAAGCUAAGUGUCCAUGACCGCUCUCUGAAGGUGGCCACGGUGAUUGAGAGUCUGGAGAUGGAGAUGGAGCUGCUGUGUCUGACCGGGGUGGAGGACCAGCUCCAGGCUGAUGUCAGGCCCACCCUGGAGAUCCUCCGCAAUGCAGGCAUCAAGGUGUGGAUGCUGACAGGAGACAAGCUUGAGACGGCCACCUGCACUGCCAAAAAUGCGCAUCUGGUCACCCGCAACCAGGACAUCCACAUCUUCAGACCCGUGACAACACGAGGAGAAGCCCACCUGGAGCUCAACGCUUUCAGGAGAAAACACGACUGUGCGCUGGUGAUAUCCGGGGACUCACUUGAGGUUUGUCUGAAGUUCUAUGAGUAUGAGUUCAUGGAGCUGGCGUGCCAGUGUCCUGCCGUGGUGUGCUGCAGAUGCGCUCCCACUCAGAAGGCUCAGAUCGUCCGGCUGCUGCAGGAGCGCACGGGCAAACUCACCUGUGCUGUAGGGGACGGAGGAAACGAUGUCAGCAUGAUCCAGGAAGCCGACUGUGGCGUGGGAGUGGAGGGCAAAGAAGGAAAGCAGGCCUCCUUGGCCGCCGACUUCUCUGUGACUCAGUUCAAACACUUGGGCCGUCUCCUCAUGGUCCAUGGGCGGAACAGCUACAAGAGGUCUGCGGCCCUCAGCCAGUUCGUCAUCCACAGGAGCCUGUGCAUCAGCACCAUGCAGGCUGUUUUCUCCUCUGUUUUCUACUUUGCUUCAGUCCCGCUCUACCAAGGAUUCCUGAUUAUCGGCUACUCCACCAUCUACACCAUGUUCCCUGUGUUCUCCCUGGUCCUGGACAAAGAUGUUAAGUCAGAGGUUGCCAUGCUGUACCCAGAAUUAUACAAAGAUCUCUUGAAGGGCCGUCCGCUGUCUUUCAAGACAUUUCUAAUAUGGGUCUUAAUAAGUAUUUACCAAGGGAGUAUCAUCAUGUACGGGGCGCUGCUGCUCUUCGAGUCAGAAUUCGUCCACAUCGUUGCCAUUUCCUUCACCUCCCUGAUCCUCACGGAGCUGCUCAUGGUGGCUCUGACCAUUCAGACCUGGCACUGGCUCAUGAUAGUGGCCGAGCUCCUGAGCUUGGCUUGUUACAUCGCCUCCCUGGUGUUCCUGCACGAGUUCAUAGAUGUCUACUUCAUCACCACAGUAUCAUUCCUGUGGAAGGUGACUGUCAUCACCUUGGUGAGCUGUCUGCCCCUCUACAUCCUCAAGUACCUGCGGAGACGCUUUUCUCCCCCCAACUACUCCAAGCUGACCUCUUAGGAAGCGAGAGGACAGACCCUCGGCCUUGUUUCCCGUGGGAGCGCUUCCCCUUUAAUUUAUUCUGAAAGAUUCCACUUGCAAAACUCAAAGGCAAAGGUGCAUUUUGUCGGAGGAGAGAGUUUGUAUGUUAACAGGGAGUGUUUUCCAUUAGUUUAAAAUCAGUGUUUCUUGCUACAUGUGUUUGAUGCAAUGGCUGAUGGCUGCUCUGGAAUGAGGACUGUGGGUUGGAUAAGCAAAAAGUCUGUAUUGUGUUGACAUUAUGGGCAUUUCACCAUUUCAGCAGUGGGAUGUAAACAUGUAGGUGCCAUAAUGGAGUGACACGUGGCUGUUUUGGCCUGUUUUACUGAAGAAAGCCACUAACCGGAUUAAAUAAAUCCUUCAGGGUUUUUUGUAAUUUAAACACUAAGAAAAGUAACUGGAAAAGUCGGGUUGAUUUGACUUGUUUCUCACCCGGUAAAGCAAAUGUGUAAUCAGUCUUUGGGCUUGAAACAUUACAUUUUCUUACUUUUCUCAAGUUCUUAAAUAGCAAAACCUUUUUCUUUUUUUUUUUUUCUUUUUUAUUAUUUUAUCUUAAGACCUAAAUCGGCGUAGCAUUUUCUCAGGACUUGAUUCACACUCUCCUUAAACAGCAAUUUCUAAAUGGAGUUUGAGAAUUAUAUGGUGAAACAGUUUACUGGCCAGACUUUGCAUAAAACACAUGUCUGUAAAUUGUGUACUUGUUUAUGCGUCACUCCAGUGCUGCAGCCCAACAUGACGGAGGUGGUGUGGUUGUUUGUUUUAGCAUGACCCAUGCUCUCUGAAGUUAAAUCCGUCUUUGUCUUUUUGUAUGAACCCUGAAUGGUCAAGUUGUUAGUGUUUGGUCAAGCCAGCCACCAAGGAGUAUUGGUUAUUUGCAGCCAAUCCUUCCACCGGGUCUCCUGACAGGCUGUGUGCUCACAGGAGAAUGUGCGCCCUCUCAUGUGGCCGCUCCGGAGGCCAGCACUGACCGCACUUUAGCAUUGCAUGAUGACUCACCGUUGUAGUGACCUAAAGCCAUAACUGAAAAUAUCCCACUGACCGAUGUCCAGAUUCCCACUGUCUUGUUCUCUAACCCACCUCUGCGACUACUAACCCCCACAGAACCAACUGUGAGAGAAAAAGAGAUCAAAUCACAGCUCAGAUACAAUGUGAAUACUGUCAGCAAGUAUUACUGCACAUUUGAAAGAGAAAAAAAAACUCCAUUCCUCAUAAUUCACUUCAAUAUUGGUGCAAUGAUGGCGAUGCUGUAAAUAAGUAGGAGUUACUAGUAACAAUGUCCCUGUUUUGUUUUUGUUUUUUUUUGGUUGUUUUGUUUUUGUUUUUUUGGGUCAUGACAUCUUGAAAAGGUCGCUGUGUUGAUGUGACUCGGUGAAUUCUAACGUGUCAGACUGAGUGUGCAGGGUGCCAUAAGUAAUCAUGGUUCACAUGUUUCAAUUGAAGUCUUAAUUAUGGAAUUUAACAAGCUUUUUGCACAGAAUUUUCUUUUGUACAACCAAUGAGUUUCUCUUUUUUGUCACAUUGUGGAAUUGCAAAACAAAAAUGGCGGUUGCAAAAAAAAAAAAAAAAAAAAAAAAAUGUUGAUCAUUUGGUUGCUUGUAAAUAACCUUUUAUUUUUUAAUUUAUUAACCUUUUCAUUUUAUGGUAUUAAUUGCACUUGGAUUAGCAGAACAAAGGGAGGAUUGUGUCAUUGUUAAUAUUGUGAUGAUGAUGAAAAUGAUGAAUAAAUUUCAUGUUGUUUUCUU